UGCUGCUAUCUUUACGUCUGUCUGACUCAUCAUUACUUAUACUCAAAGAUUACUCAUCAAAUAAGCAAUGCUGAAUAAUACUAACAAUAUCUAAACAAACAGCUUGCCAAUAUUUUCACUCCCUAGCUAGUGAUCAUUAGUUUCAACUUUCCAAGUGAAUCAUAUUAAUUGGUGUUCUUGAAAUAUUGUUACUUGAGAGGAUUCAAUGUUGCUUCAUCUCUUCUUUUCGUUGUCCAUUGUUUUACUGAUAGACAACGGGAGUGCUGGCAUAACAAGUUCAUUUAUUCGUAACGAGUGGCCAUCUGUUGAUAUUCCUCUUGACAAUGAAGUCUUUGCAGUUCCAAAGGGUUACAAUGCUCCACAACAAGUGCAUAUAACACAGGGUGAUUAUGAAGGGAAGGCUGUACUAAUCUCAUGGGUCACGCCUGAUAAACCGGGGCCUAGUCAAGUCCGUUACGGAUUAUCUGAAGGAAAAUAUGAUUUUAAAGCUGAGGGAUCAUUCACAAACUACACAUUUUACAACUACAAGUCUGGCUAUAUACACAAGUGCUUUCUUGAUGGCCUUCAGUAUGACACGAAGUAUUACUAUGAAAUUGGAAAUGGUGAUUCUGCUCGAAAGUUUUUUUUCGAAACUCCUCCAAAGGUUGAUCCAGAUGCUUCAUACAAAUUUGGCAUCAUAGGCGAUCUUGGACAAACAUAUAAUUCUCUUUCGACGCUUCAGCAUUACAUGAGUAGUGGAGCCAAGAGUGUCUUGUUUGUGGGAGAUCUCUCUUACGCGGACAGAUAUAAGUACCAUGAUGUAGGAGUCCGUUGGGAUUCAUGGGGCCGUUUUGUUGAACGAAGUGCAGCAUAUCAACCGUGGAUUUGGUCAACCGGGAAUCAUGAGAUAGAAUAUAUGCCGUAUAUGGGCGAAGUGACUAUGUUCAAGUCAUAUCUGUACAGAUAUCCUACACCUUAUAAAGCUUCAAACAGCACUAGCCCGCUUUGGUAUUCCAUCAGGAGGGCAUCUGCUCACAUAAUUGUGCUAUCAACCUAUUCUCCUUUCGUAAAAUAUACACCACAAUGGAAGUGGCUGAGAGAGGAAUGGAAAAACAUAGACAGAGAGAAAACUCCUUGGCUUAUAGUUCUUAUGCAUGUUCCUAUCUACAACAGUAAUGUAGCUCAUUUCAUGGAGGGGGAAAGUAUGAGAUCUGUCUUCGAAGGAUGGUUUGUUGAACACAAAGUCGAUGUGGUCUUUUCCGGCCAUGUCCACGCCUACGAACGAUCAUAUCGCAUAUCGAAUAUACACUUUAACAUCUCGAGUGGUGAUCCUUAUCCCGUACCGGAUAAAGCAGCUCCUGUUUACAUAACUGUUGGUGAUGGAGGAAAUCAAGAAGGUCUUGCUUCAAGAUUUAGAGAUCCUCAACCAGAUUAUUCUGCUUACCGCGAAGCCAGUUAUGGCCAUUCUACGCUAGAUAUUAAGAACAGAACACAUGCAUUCUAUCAUUGGAAUAGAAACGACGAUGGAAAGAAAGUUAAAAUCGACUCAUUCGUGUUACACAAUCAAUACUGGGGACAUAAUCAUCGCCGGAGAAAGUGCAACAGAAAUCGUCUCCAUUCAGUCAUUUUAAACAGGACUUCAACUGCACAACUGUGAAAACAUAAUUCUGCAGCAUACUCAACUUAGUUGCAAUGUUAAGGCCAUAGAUAAUGAUCCUAUUGGUAAUUAACUAUCCAUCUUCAGAGAUUACUUUGAAAAUCAUGGACAGUAGAUGCAGUAUCAGUUACUACUUGACUAGUUUCCUAGAACAAUCUUCAUCAUUCAAAAUAAGAGUUUGUGCUAUUCACUGCAUCAUUUCAGUUGGGAAAAAAUAUAUUCGAAUAUUAUACUAUCGUUGCCUAACUCACGACAAAUUUACUUCAUUUAUCUGUUAUUUUCAUGUAGACUGUUAGCUUGAGAUGAAUUUAAAUUGAGAAGUAUGAACUGUUAGAACUCAUAUAAUUGACUCAACUUGUUUGGGACUAAGACAUAAU